CGGCAUCUAAUCGGCAGCUCUUCUCCCUCCAAAAUCUCUCUUAUAUAUUCCCCUUGCUCCUUCCUAACCUUUGCACCAGAGUCUAUUCAUCCCUUCAGAGAGUGUUAAGAAUGGCUACAUCCUCUUGGUUUCUUCUGUCUUUCUUGGCUUCCUCGUGCCUUCUCAUGGAUGGCCAUCUCUUCUGCAACGCUGAUCCCACCGAUGGUUUCACUGCUGUUCAGUUAACAGAACAUAAUUUUGAGAUGCAGAAGCCAUACAAUCUACCUCUAGAAGACCGUUACAGCGAUAUCAAUGGAGUUCAUAGGAUGUGGGUAUAUUCGACCGACAAGCCGCUUCGACCUGAUAGCACUACCAAGCCUCGCACCGAGAUUCGAAUUCGGGGCUAUGACUACUCAUCUGGAGUGUGGCAAUUUGAAGGAUAUGGUUUUGUUCCAAAUGGCACCACCGGCACAUCGAUCAUGCAGAUCCACCGAUCAGAUGGUCCAGCUACUGUAUUGAUGCUGAAGGUCUAUGAUGGUCAGCUUAAAUUCGACUCGCAGACAUUGGUGGAGUCCAAUAUCUACAAUAGGUGGAUGAGGGUAAAUGUGGUGCAUGAUGUGGAUGCUAAUAAGCUGACGGUCUUCAUCGAUGGUGUUCAGAAGCUGGAGGUGGAGGGCAAUGGAUCGAGCACGUUUGAUUUCAAGUGUGGGGUUUACACCCAGACUGAUCCGAGUAACUACAUGGAAUCAAGGUGGAGGGAUAUAAGAGUCCUGAAGAAGAAUGAGUGAAAUAGCUCCCAUAACAGAGAGAUCAGAUUGAUCUUAGUAACUGGGUGCAGUCAAAUGGAGUUUAUAUUAGAGCCCCUAAGAAACUUGAGUGAACAAGUACCUGUAAUAGACCUAUGGUUCCAGAGAUCUGGUGUAUGCCAUACCAAGUAAUAUGAAGCAGAGUCAGUUAGUUCAAAAUUAUAUCAAGUGCUUAUAUA